AUGUCCGACAUCGACAGAUUAGAGGAGCUUUCAAAUGGUAGUAAACCCAUCGCUCAAAGACGAAAAUCACGGCCAGGUUGGAAGGGCUGGGUGGAGGUGGAAGGAUCACCAGAGCCCAAGGACAAGCUCAUCAAUUUGGACUUCCCCGUCGAGACAUUGGAAACGCGAACGAGAUCAGGAAAAAUUUUACCCCCGCACGAGCUAUCUCGAGUUCGUAAAGCUUCCACCGCGAAAAGCUCUUCAACAGGGGCGUCUAAUACGCCCGCCCCAGGUGAUAUAUCUCCACUUGGGCCUGGGGUUAGACAUACCAAUACUACUAUAGAAGAUAACCCGGGAGAAGUGUGA